CAUAAGGGUACGUACACACGGUACGGGGAUGUGAGCACACACCAAGUAAAAACCAUGUGGCUGUUGGAGACACUGUUAGAAGUUGCCCGCUAGGUCUUCACUCUGAUCUCCGACUUCAGGGAUUUCAGAUCUUACGAAGCGGCCAGAGAGCGCGUUGCCAAAACAGUUUGGACAGUUUGUGAAGUGAAGCGCGUCGUUUCCGUGACAAUUUUCUUUUUUUUCAUUUCUUACAUUAUUCUUCGUUCAUUCGAAUCGAGUCGUUUUGAUUGCCGGCGGCGGCCAAGAUAAAUAGAAAUUAUUUUUAUAUCGUCAAAACGAUGAAAUUAAAUAUCCUCGAGUAUGAGAAUUGUGUCUGUUUGUUUUUAAAAUUUUCACGAAAAAAUUGCUUUUUUUUUUCAAUCGACUUAUUAAACUCUUACAAAUAACCAAGUGCCUCUGUAUACUUGUAUAGUGUUGUCAAUGACAGCUGGUAUUCGCAACUAGUGAUUGUACUUGAAAUUUGGAUGGUUCGACUACUUUAUUUUAAAUUUAAGAUUUAAAAGGAUAAUUAAUAUAUUACGUAACUGUGAAGUGAUCGGGCGCGCGAUGUGCGCCUGUUCUGAUAUGUGAAAGUAAAAUUAAAAGUUCAUCGAACAGUUGAUAGUAAACUGAUCAUCGGGUUGAUCAAGAGUCUUCAGGAAAUGAUGACCCUCAUGACAGACGUUGGCUCCUAUCCCUAUGAGGCAGCCACUAGAUCCUCAUACGAAUCAUAUCAUCAUCAUCAUCAUCAUCGACAUUUUUAUACCUCGGAUGCUGAGUAUCUGCAGAGAUACGUCUCCGAAAGAGAAGAACAUAACAGGACAACCAGUGCUGAUGGUAGUUUAGUUUCUGCGAGUAGCGCAAGCUCGGUUCAUUAUCAACACGAUCAUCUUGGAUCCCAGUCUCAUUACAUACCCGACUCGGAUGACGCUUCGUCCAUAGUGUCAGCCGACGCUUCGGCCGACCUGGGCUCACCAUCGGCCGAUGGCGACGAGACUAACGAGAGUGAAAAUGUCGAACACGUACCUCAUCCUCACGUUCUGGAUGCAGGCAGUCCUCACGGUCCACGAAGAUGCCUUCUGUGGGCGUGCAAAGCUUGUAAAAAGAAAACCGUAACCGUCGACCGAAGGAAGGCGGCUACCCUGCGAGAAAGAAGACGUUUGCGAAAGGUGAACGAAGCGUUCGAAGCUCUAAAACGAAGAACAAGUAACAACCCUAAUCAAAGACUACCAAAGGUUGAAAUUCUGCGCAAUGCCAUAGAAUACAUCGAGAGUCUAGAAGCUCUUCUACAGGGUAGCAGAACACCCGGACCACAGGACCACGUGUCACCAGACAGCAUGAAUGGAGAUUCGCCGCAGUACGUGACGGACAGAUUAAACCAGUUCUCAGAUCCUUUAGCGAGGUUUCAACCAAUUAAUGGCUACGACCAAUCGGAAACCCAAUCUUCACAAAAUGCCGGAAGCAGUUUGGAUUGCCUAAAUAUGAUCGUGCAGAGUAUCAGUGGAUCCCCAUCGUCACCCAAUGACAGUCCCUACGCAACGAGUCAUUAAGACGAUUUAAUAGAAUUGACAAACUCAAGAGUGUCCCUUUAUAUGGAAUAUGGAUAAUGUAUUAAGUCACGAUACGUUUGACAAUAACGACUUGAUGACGGUUCAAGAUAAUCGUGAACGUAGUCAAUUAAAAUAGGGAAUUGCCGAAAUUACAAUUGAAAACAUUACCUAUAAGAGGACUGGGAACAUUCUAUUAAGAAUUCUAUUAUUGUGAUUCGCUAUGAGGUUUUGUGCGUUUAUCAAAACAAAAAAAAAGAUAAGACGGUGGAUAUGCUUGACUUAUGCCACUUCUUAUGAUAAUUUUAUAAAAUGCACGUUGAUUCUAAGUACAAGAUCUUACUGAGAUGAACAUUUUCUUAUUAAGACGAAUUCGUUCGAUACGAAUCAAAAUGAUCGACAAUAGAUUAUAUACAAUUGGAUUACAUGGAGCUCAUCCAUUUUUGAAGUACUCAUACGUGCCUUUCGUCUAGACUGUAUAUUACGUAUUCUAAGAUUACUCAUUGCUCUCGAUUUCGAAUUAAUGGUAAUAAAUACCUGUAAUAUUCUCUUACUUUAUUUUUUUUUUCCUUUUGUUAAUACGAUGCUCGAAUUUGUUUCUGUAUUUUUCGAAAUUAUUUCCGCGAAAAAUCUUCUAGUCGGACUACGAGUCUAAUGAUUACGCAUGCCAAAGGGUUUGUUGUCAAAAGAAUUAAAAAAAACCUGGCGAGUGAGAUGCAAUCCAAUGCAUACAUUGAAAAUAGGAUUUUCAUAUGCACUUUGUAAUAAGCACUCUGACGAGUAACUUGGCAGUGAAUGCUAUUACAGUUAAUUGAAAUACCAACAAUUUGUCAAAGUCCUUUGUAACGUUAAUUGCAUUUGCAAUUCACCGAGGUGCACCAUAUCGUACUCAACCUAUAAGCAUAGGUCGCAUGUAAAUAACUGCUUUAAAAGUGUACACUUUUUCUCUUUAAUUCUCAUUGAGAAAAGUAACGCAACGUAACCGUAUUCAUUCACGUGAAUUACCAAAGAGCAUAUCAAAGAAGGAUUAGUUUAAAAAGUAGCGUUUGUCGUAUCUGCGUAUAAAAAAUAAAUGUAUAAAGAAACAUUUAUGCAGUACGAUACGUAAAAACGCAUUGAGGUGUUAUACAACGAGCAUUGAAAAUAAACGCUGAAUAAAUAUAUAAUUUUGUAUCACACACAAGAAGAUAUACUGUAAUACCAAUUAUAAGUAAGAUCGUCCAAAAAAUAUCAGCGUAUAUCGUUAUUAUAUUAAAAUUAUAAUUUCGCUCGAGCAAUUUCA